CUCGAUCUUAGCUCUCCCCGCGAUGCAGGAACACUCCCAAGGCCCAGGAUGAAGAAGACCCUCUUACUGUGUUUUAUCCAUGGCUUCAAGGGCAGCGACAACACCUUCGGGAACUUUCCCUCUCACUUGAAAGCUAUUCUUCAGCAUGCGCUACCAAAGGUUACAGUCCUAGCGAUUGCGUAUCCGAGUUAUGAGACGCGCGGCGAUUUGCAGGAGUGUGUGGCGAGGUUCAAGGAAUGGCUGCAAAACAAAGUCAUAGACCUCGAGGUGGCCAACGGGACGCCCUCCCCCACCGUCGACCCUUCCGUGCGCACAAUCCUCGUCGGGCACUCCAUGGGCGGCAUCGUCGCAGCAGAAACCCUCCUUUCCAUCAUAAACGAGCAACCGAUACACUCCCUCCAGAACUCCGCCUCUCACUCGACGUCGAGCCUCCCCGAAACCUCACAGCUCAUGUUCCCCUACAUACAGGGCAUUCUCGCAUUCGACACCCCAUAUCUUGGCAUUGCCCCGGGCGUAGUAGCGCACGGCGCAGAGAAGCACUGGAACACGGCGAACUCGGCAUAUGCGGCGUAUUCGAAUCUCGCGGGGGCGUUCGGCUGGGGUAAAGGGCCCGAGAGCGGCGCGGUCGAUGCAAGUAAGAUGCUCCCUGCGCCGGAAACAACGGCCAAAGCAGUAAGCGACUCGAAUGCCGAUGCCGCAGCGGCACCUUUGUGGCAAAGAUAUGGACGCGUGGCGCUGUUUGCCGGAGCCGCGGGCGCGGUGGCUGCCGGCGGCGCAGCAGCGUACAUGAAGAGGGAUCAGAUCUCCGAAGGGUUGAGCUGGGCGACUUCGCAUCUUGAGUUUGUGGGGUCUCUGGCAAGGCCUGAGGAGAUGAAGAAGCGGCUUGCAAAUAUUGCGAAGCUGUCUGACACCCAGGAUAUCGGCUUCGCGGACAUCUACACCACUCUCGGUCACGCGGUCGAUUCGCAGGGGAAGUCUUCUUGGACCGGUAAAGUCCGGGGCAUAGAGCGCACGUUCUGCAACAUUCCCAAGGGCGAGAUAAAGCAGUUCUUCAUCCCGGCUGUUAACGACAAGAGCACCGCAGAGACUUGGGCACACAUGAGCAUGUUCGAGCCGAGGAAUAACCCGGGAUACUAUACAAUGAGCGAGCACGCCAAGGAGAAGAUCAUAGACUGGGCGGUGAAUGAUUGGUACGAGGAGAGUGACGGUCCGAUGAAGGGCGUGGGGAUUGAAGAGGAGGCGGAGAUUGUGGAGAAGCCGGAGGAAGAGGAGUUUGAGCACUUGAAGAGGCCGGAGAGUACGGAGGUGUGGCAGAGGGAUGAGCUGUGAUUUAGGGAAGUGGAUACCGAGGGGUCAACGUUUAACGGCCGUGAUGACAUUCAUAGAUGUCGGGUGGUAGGCGGCGUUAGUGAGUGCUGAUAUACCCUUUUCCUAUUCAACCACGAAAUACAUGUCCCGUUCACGGUUUACCUGCUUUCCCAUCACGAAUCUUCGAUUUCUUCGACGGUGACCAUGCCUCAGCAAUUACAGGUCACGGAUUACGGUCCUCCGCAUUCCGUUGCUUGAAGUGCGUCGACAGGCCGUUCACCUACGAGUUCACUCCCUCUCAGGUCCUCUUGAAGUUGUAUAUUCAUCCUGCUUCUAUUCCGCUUCACAUCCGCGAUAUCGUAUAUACGAUCUCCACCAGUCUCCAUCCCCCGUUCUUCCCAAUUUCCACACACCAGUACCUAGCCAUCAUCAUACACAAGCACAAGCAUAAUCUACCACCCACAACCACAAGC